AUGUUCAUCUCAAGCCAAGCCAUAGGCAUGAGGGAGUUCGCAGACUUCAUCACCGCACAACGAAUGCGGAAGGCGCCGUUAACCACGUCUCUCAGACGUCACCGCAAGAAGCGUCGUGACAACAGGCAUCACCGCCCAACGGCGUGUGAAAACAUACGUCACCGCAAGAAGCGUCGUGACAACAGACACCACCGCCCAGAGGCGUGUGAAAACAUACAUCACCGCAAGAGGCGUCGUGACAACAAGCAUCACCGCUCAACGGCGUGUGAAAACAUACAUCACCGCAAGAGGCGUCGUGACAACAAGCAUCACCGCCCAACGGCGUGUGAGAACAUACGUCACAGCAAGAAGCGUCGUGACAACAGGCAUCACCGCCCAACGGCGUGUGAAAACAUACGUCACCGCAAGAAGAGUCGUGACAACAGACACCACCGCCCAGAGGCGUGUGAAAACAUACAUCACCGCAAGAGGCGUCGUGACAACAAGCAUCACCGCUCAACGGCGUGUGAAAACAUACAUCACCGCAAGAGGCGUCGUGACAACAAGCAUCACCGCCCAACGGCGUGUGAGAACAUACGUCACAGCAAGAAGAGUCGUGACAACAGACACCACCGCCCAGAGGCGUGUGAAAACAUACAUCACCGCAAGAGGCGUCGUGACAACAAGCAUCACCGCUCAACGGCGUGUGAAAACAUACGUCACCGCAAGAAGCGUCGUGACAACAGACACCACCGCCCAGAGGCGUGUGAAAACAUACGUCACCGCAAGAAGCGUCGUGACAACAGGCAUCACCGCCCAGAGGCGUGUGGAAACAUACGUCACCGCAAGAAGCGUCGUGACAACAGACACCACCGCCGAGGCGUGUGA